UUCAUCUUCACCCAACCCUUUUUAAUCAACAAGGAAGGAUCCCUUCCCCUGUUAUUUGCAAUGUUGAGAUCUUUCUCACAGAGGAUGGAUCGCCCACAGAUCAGGCUGGGCAAGCAGAGAUCUGUGAAUCACUGCUGCUCAUUCUGUGAUGAUGAGGAGGAAGAAUAUUGUAUUGCAAAUGGUGAAUGGAGUAGGAAGAUGAGCCAAGAAAGUGGAAGUGGAAGCGGAAACUGGUGGAAGAAAGGAUGGAACAGCGUGAGAAGAGCAGGGGAAUGGUCGGAGUCGUUGAUGGAGGAAGCGGGGAAUCGAAGCGGCCCUAAAUGGAGAUUAUUUGUUCGCAGGCUCAGAUCCAUUUACCCUCGCAAGCCACUCCGAUCUCAUUAUGAUGAAUUCAGUUAUGCCCUAAAUUUUGACGAAGGCUCUUGGCAAGAAUCGGAUGAUCUUUACCACUCUAGUUCUGCCAGAUUCGCUCCGCCACUGCAAAAGGCUAGGGUUUUCUGAAUCCAGAUCUUUAUUACCUUGUUCAAUUUCAAAUAAAUGUGCUCGGAAACUUGUAAAAUCGGGUCUGACAGUUGUUCUUAGAAUUUCUUUAUGAGAUGCGAAAAUUUCUCUGUUAAAUCUGGAAAGUAAUACGAUAUUCCCUUUUUAUCGAC